UCAUUUAUCCUUGUAUAAAGCCCAAACAAACACAUACACACACACGGAGGCUCUACCAGCGCAACAGAACAGACGCCGUCUCCGAGAGACUGGCAGCUAUGAGACAGGUACCUUGCGGUGACAGAACCUGAGCCAUGGAUAGCGUGUUACCUCAGCUUCUCUCCCCCUCGCCCCACGAGGUGCAGCAGUGCGUGUUGCAGCUGAUGGGCGAGGUGCAGACACGAUGUGAGGAGUUGGUGGAGGCUUUGGUAAAAGACACCAGGCGCAAUCAGUACUUAGCAGCUCUGGGCAGUCAGCUGGAGACACCCAAUGUCAGACUGUGCAGUAAUAUUGCAUAUAUUCUGGGGAUGGUGGCAGAAGAUCCUGCAGUGGCCGAUCUGUUGGUAGAUCUGGCCGAAAGUUCCACAGACUGGGACCUUCUGGGGAGACUGGGAGCCAUGCUCCUGUGGGAAGAUGCGGAAGCCGUGAUGAAUGCUGCUGGAGCACUGGGCACGUUGGCAGAGCAUGGCCACGGAAGACGGUGGCUCCUCUCCUCGCCAGAGUCUGACUUCAUCAUUGAGAACAUCACAAACCUCCUCGAGUCUCCAAGCGGCUGGACCGCCAGUAACUGUGCCCUGGUUCUGGCCCGUAUCUCCAUGUGCCACGACGGCUGUGCCCGGCUUCUGAACCAUCCCAAAUCUGACAUGAUAUUAAGGAAGAUAAUGACAUCACUUCACGUGGAUGAAGCUGGCUGCGGGCUGAAUGCAGCCUUCACUCUCGGACGUCUGUGUGACACGGACAUAGGGAGGAGACGGGUGCUGGGUCUGCAGGAGGCAAACCACAUGAUCUCUGCUCUGGAGGCAAUGAUGUCCGGAGGUGAUGCCGGAGGAAGCCGAAACGCCUGCUAUGCACUCACUUGCCUAGCGACUAGCCACGCCGGCCACCAGCAUGUCCUGAAGAGCCAAUUCUUCCCUCAGGUCCUCGAUACGCUUUGCCACCUAUUGCAGUCAAAGGAACAGGAGACCUGCUGGUUCGCGGCCAUAACCAUCAAGAUUUUAUCCAAGUAUCCCGCAGGAGUUGUGAGACUUCGUCAGCACCUGGUACUGGAGACAGUCCUUAAGAUGGUUGCAGCAUCACACACGGCACAGAAGGACUUGCUGGAAGAGGUGGAGAUGACAUUACAGAACCUUCAGCGUCUUCCCCAACCUGCGGCCCCUACUGCGAAGACCCUGGAGUCCGGCUCAGUAAUAGUGAGCUGGGAGGAACACAAACCAAAAAGUUGCCUUCCCGUGACUUACAGUCUAUUUGAUGGUGACAAGCUCCUGUACCACGGAGCUUCAUUCUCCUACGUCAUCCCACACUGCAUUCCCGGUCAGCACCACCUUAAACUUGUCAUGAAAACAGAAGGCGACCAGAGCAUAGACAGUCCCAUCACCUGCGUGACAGUGGAGGAACCGUUGCCCGGCUGCCCCUCGGAACUCCACGUGGCAGGACGCACGGCCAAAAAAGUGAAGCUAAGCUGGAGCCCACCAGGAAACUCCAGCACACACAUUAAAUAUUACGUCGUUUAUAGAGAUGAGAUGCUUGUGGAGACCACAUCGGAUCUGAGCUCUAUUGUUGGGGGUUUAUCCCCUUCCACCAGUUACACUUUCAGCGUGUGUUCCUGUAACUCCAGGGGCCACAGUGAAAAGGUCUCCUUGGUCACCAGGACAAUGGACAGAGGAGACCACGCUCCAGACAAACUCACUGUCUAUGUCAUUGGCCGAAGCGAGAUGUUCAUCACGUGGGAAGUUCCAAAAGACCCCAUCGGCAGAUUUUUCAAUUAUGAACUGAGCCUGGACGGGAAGUCGGUGUACCUAGGCACAGAGCGUUCUUAUACGGCCCGACGCCUUACACCCAGCACCGAGUACACCUGUAGUGUGUGCGCAAUCACAAGUGAAGGCCGGUUUGAGAGUCGACCCGUCACCAAGCGCACGGCUAGAGAUGAAUACAGCAACCUAAACAAGAGCCUAACCGGAAGUAACCGGCACGCAGCCAGUUCACCGACCGCAGAAACCCCAGAUCCAAGUGAGAAGCAGCAACGGCCUGAGGCAACGCGGAGGAGCUCUCUCACCAAAAGCCAGAGCCUACGGUUGGUCAUGAGUCGGCAGAACAGCAGGUCGAGAGGAGACAGCAAAGUCCCAGCUAACAGAUCACGGAGAGAGUCGGUGACGUCUUGGUCUACAGAAUCGAAUGAGGGCCCUCUACUGAUUCAACGGUCUUCAAGUCAGCCCUCCACGCCGUGCGACGUACCGACCGGACAGGCAGACAAAAAUAUCCAGCAACGGGAGAACAGGAUAUGUCCUGACCAGACUGCAACCAGCCACGACAGGAAGACGGAGAUGUCUCCGCAGAAGAAUCCUAUGCCUUCAAAGCCGAUUCUGUUAAAGACCGUAGACAGCGCGUGUGACCAGCCGCCGCAGCCCUGUCUAUCACCGGACACUAAGAAGCCACAAAGUGCGCUGGGGUUUAAGCUGACACCCAUUGCGUCUCUCUGCAGUCUGGAGGCAGAGUAUCUGCUGAACGGAAGAGCCAAGACUGAGAGUGAGCUUCUACUGCCACCGGCUGACGAUGGGCACAACAAGCCAAUCCUCACCCAAGAGUGUUCAAGAGUCCUGGAUAAGGAGAGAAGUAUGAAUCACAAGAAAACACUACAGCCGGUGAAAGUGAGGUACAGACACAAGAACAUGAGGAUCAAUGGUUGGGACAUCACAGGAACUUUAAGAAGCGGAGAUGGAAAGUUGUGUAACUCUACUGGGAAGUGCCCGCUGAGCAAUAAUGAAUAUAUACUGUCACAUUUAUCUCCAAUGUCCAAGAACGCGGAGAGGAAGGACAAAGACACGCUACUGUCAUGUGCUGCCGGCCAACCUGAGGCCCGACACCGCUCCUGGAGUCUCCCCAGCUCAGACCUAUCACAGUUUCAGGGUUUGAAAACCACGGAAGGGAAGGCGAUCGAAGCAAUUAAAGGACCCAGGAGUAAAAGGCCGCUGUCCACAAAUCUACACAAGAACAUCCAAGCCCUAAUCGGUGACUCCAGGGUGACAUUCCGACUUCUACCUCCCCCCAACGCAAUUCCACAGAGAGUUCGCCCACAUCACUGACCCCACCGGAGUCCCCGCAUAUCCGACUCAUUCCUAUCAGACUGUGCAACACAGGAACGCAGGGCUAUAAUUUCACAGCACGUCGCGGUUACUCAACACCCACACCUAUAGGAAUAAAACUACCCCACCCCCCAAUUUGCAAACACAACUGAUCAGGUGUCACAUUCUGCGUUACAUAAAACUGAUGGAGUAACUUCUGGCGCCGUGAGCUGUCGGAACAUAUCAUUACAGGAACAAUGGGAAAUUAGUGGUGGACGGAGAUGAAAAGAGGAAUAAUUACCCGACGCUGUUUAUGAGAACAGGCAAGGCUCGGGUCUGUAAGCAGACAAUUCUGAGGUAUUCUAGGCUGUGCCAGCGGAUGUUUCAAAUGUUAUUCCUGUGAAAGGAAAUUACAGGGGGUAUAUUUACAAAGAUUCGUGUUUUGGCCGUUUUGAAGGGUGUUUGAACUCGAAUGGUAUCGGGUGCAUUUUACUGCAACUUUUUGAAUCCUGAUACAAUCAUUCACUAAGCUGCCGAGUUUUGCACAAUCGUUUUUUCCGAUGUCGAUGUGAUUCGUAAUAUCAGGCAGUGUUUUACGGGAGUGAUGAGUAAAACACUGCCUGACAAAACACAAGGAAUCCCAGCCGGAUCUGUGAGAUCCAAGCAGGGCUUCAUUGUGUACCUUAAAAAGUUGAUUAAAGUCUUAAAAAAUCUGAUAAAAAUUGCGUAGCGUCCCCCCUCCUAAGCACAACCAGCCUCGGGCUCUUUGAGCCAGUCCUGGUUGAAAAAAUAUGGGGGGAAAAAUGACAGGGGUUCCCCCAUAUUUCAUCAACCAGCACCGGGCACUGCGCCUGGUCCUGGUUCCAAAAAUACGGGGGACAAAAAGCGUAGGGGUCCCCCGUAUUUUUGAAACCAGCACCGGGCUCCACUAGCCAGGUACAUAAUGCCACAGCCGGGUGACACUUUUAUACUGGUCCCUGCGGCCCUGGCAUUACAUACCCAACUAGUCACCCCUGGCCGGGGUACCCUGGAGGAGUGGGAACCCCUAAAAUCAAGGGGUCCCCCGCCUCCAUCCACCCAAGGGCCAAGGGUGAAGCCCGAGGGCGGCGGAUGGGGGGCUGAUAGCCUUUUGACAAAAAGUGAAUAUUGUUUUUAGUAGCAGUACUACAAGUCCCAGCAAGCCUCCCCCGCAAGCUGGUACUUGGAGAACCACAAGUACCAUGUGGUGGAAAACCGGUCCCGCUGGUACCUGUAGUACUACUACUAAAAAAAUACCCCCAAAAAAACAGAACACACACACCGUGAAAGUAUAAGUUUAUUACAUACAUGCACACCUCCAUACAUACUUACCUAUGUUCCCACGAGGCUCGGUCCUCUUCUCCAUGUAGAAUCCUUGGGGUACCUGUGAAAAAAAUUAUACUCACAUAAUCCAGUGUAGAAUCAGACCUUUGUAUAAUCCACAUACUUGGCAAAAUAAUAAAACGGAAACUCGACCACGCACUGAAAGGGGUCCCAUGUUUACACAUGGGACCCCUUUCCCCGACUGCCAGGACCCCCCCUGACUCCUGUCAAAGAGGGUCCCUUCAGCCAAUCAGGGAGCGCCACGUCGUGGCACUCUCCUGAUUGGCUGUGUGCUCCUGUAGUGUCUGUCAGGCUGCACACGGCAGAGAUACAAUGUAGCACCUAUGCGCUCUAUUGUAGCCAAUGGUGGGAACUUUGCGGUCAGCGGAUGACCGAACGUAACCUUGUUGCUUGCUCGUCGGCAAGCAACAACAGGCAUCACCGGUCAGCGACAGGUUGGUGCGAACAUUCUAAUCGCACAUCCAUUCGCAUGCAGGAAGAGGCCGUUUGGGGGUGGUAAGUGACCGUUUCCUGGGAGUGUCAGGAAAAACGCAGGCGUGUCCAAGCGUUUUCAGGGCGGGUGUGUGACGUCAGCUCCGGCCCCGAUCAGCCUGUUCUCAUCGCACUCUAGGAGUAAGUCCCGGGCUGCGCCGAGACCGCACGUAAAAACCAUUCACUGGUGAGUGAGGUGCGAGCGGAUUUGCAGCUGUCCGCUGACUGAGGGAUUUUUAGCAGCUGGGCGUACACAUGCGAUCGCACACUUGCACGGCAAAUAUACACUUCCCUUGGGCGGCGACUGUGAUUGCAGGACAACAAUUUUAGCAGCCCAGCAAUCAGGCCUGAAUUAGGCCCCUAAUUUGUUGUCAAAGAGACAGAAAAUAUGAUAAAAUAAUUGUUCUUAAAAUAAAAAAAUAUUGGGAUUGGCUUCUCGGGAGCACUGGGGAUAAAAGUGAAGGCGCUAAUGUUUUUUAGUUGGUGAAGGCAUUUACAUUGGUAGAACAAAAAAGAAUAAAAAUUGUGAUAUAAACGU